GGACUCCAAGAUAUCCUGGAAAUAGUCAUCGUUGUCUUCAUGCAUCGCCAGCUAGUAUCACCUUCUGAAAUUUUUCGUUAUCUCCAAGAAUUACAAGAAUGGUUUCACAGUGAACGGCCAUGGCCUGCUCAUAUAGUGGAAGAAUUAUAUCUUCAAAGGAAAGCAAUACGUAACAGGUCUGUCAGAUUCCCAGAUGGCAGAGAACGUCGUAUCACGGCAAUGAUCCAACUUCCUGGCAAUGAUACCGUCCAGUCUGUAAUGGAAGGAGACGAUCACUAUGGGGUCGCAGGUUGGCUGCACAAACGCAUCAUGAGCUCUCAACCGAUUAUUUUAGGCACCUGCAAGCUGGGCAAUGAGACACUAGUGGGCUUGUUUACCUGCAACGCCGACGACUUCGACGGAAUCGUCACACCAACAAGCCUGUUGGAAUAUGAGUUCGGCGAUAAUCUAUGGCUCCAUCUAGAGCCUAACGAUACCUUUUUCUGUGUACGACGAACCAAUGAGAUACCAUCGCCACUUAGCAUCAGCAAGGCGAACGAGAUUUUAGGCGAGAGUUCAAAUUCCGAAAUAUCGAACCAGGUGCUUAAUGUUGAAGCAACAGGAACGCAGCUCGAAAUUUACGGGGCCUGGUCGCCUAGACUUUUGCGAAAUGGAAUUCUGGGUGUGGGCGAGGAUGGGAAGUCGUGGGAAACAAAGCCUUUAAAUUCAGCUUCCAAAUACUUUUGGUUAUCCCAGGGGUUCGAGGACAGGGACGAUGAAGGAUCAUGAUGCCUGCUCUUUGAGAAGCCACGUUGUUUUCUUGAGCUUGAGCUUGAGCUUAAGAAUAUUGGAUAAGUUGGAGUCAUAGGAGCAGGUAUCACAUUCUGACCUGAACUAGGGCUGCAUUCAGACGCAAUUGGAGAUUCCACAAGUAAACGCAAAGAAAAAGACAUGGAAGGUUUUGACGGCUUCAGCGUAUAUAAUGAGGAGUACUAAUAAUACUAGGAUAGACUUGAAAAUAAUAUAUAUACCA